UGGCCACCUAUAGCAGCCUCCAGGACAAGCACCUGGUGGGUUACUUCAACAACACCCGCAUGAAAAAACACCUGAGGAGGGCCGGACUGGUCACCAGGCGCGGUGAGCUGGUCACCGAGUCCACCUACCGGCUCAACAUGGCGCGAAAGGAACACCAGCGCCAUGUCAGGGAUCUGAUGGCUCAAGCUAUCGUCCACAAGACUCUUGAUCUGGAGAGACAGAGGCAGGCAGACAUCAAGCAGAAGCUGGAGGAGAUUUCGAAAGUGGAGUUGGUCAGGAGAGUCAGGAUGGAUAGAGGAAGGAAAGGGGAUGAAGAUAUCACCCAAUACUUGAGCCCAAGGGGGAGACCUAAAUCUGCUUACAACAGCCAAUCAAGACAGCCACAGCCACCUCGUAGUGGAGGGAGGCCAUCUACUGCACCAGCCAGACAAAGGCCAUCAUCUAAGAGAGCGGGUGUGGUAUAUGUUGACCAGGAUGGGUUCCCUGUACAUCGUGAAUCUGCUAGGUCAGACAGAUCUGAUACAAGCAGUAAUGGUGAAGUCGACUCCCCUGCACUCAGAGAGUUGGACCCUAAGAUUUUACACAGGAUCUCUUUGAACCUGAGACCUGAUGAGAAAGAAGGUCUCUCUCCAUACUCCCCAGACGUGACCCCGCGACCCCCUGCGGCCAGGUCAAAGGGUCAAAGAUCACCAAGGAACAAGACUGGAGGCGGAGUAGUCUCCAAAAAUGGCCGGGGCUAUAGGCCCAGAUCGAAUAAGGGUUCCCUUGCCCUCCAUCGGAAGGAGCCAGCCUACCCCCAUGCCACCCAGCUUCAGAGUAUGUGUGAUGUGACGGUGAGGUACCGUGGUACCGGCCUCAAACUUCAGUAUGAGAGGGAGGAUAAGAGAGACGAGAUUCAAGUCUACCAGCAGCAUUGCGGAGGCGAGAACCUUGUGGUGUUUCAGGGCUUUGCCGAGAAAGGGAAUGAUCUGAUCUUUGUGUCACGUCGUCACCGUGGUUACCCAUUCAGCGUGACGUUCUUUGUCAACCGUGUUCAGGUUCUUCGUCUAAGUGCAUGCUGUGAGUAUAAGUAUACUCCGGGAGCGUUGCUUGGAGGCUCAAAGGGACAUUUCAAAUUCAUUGGGGUCCAUGGAUCAUCUCCUUGCUACAAAUGUCUAGUAGAAGCAGAGUUUGCGAGGAGAGAGAGGCAGCGAUACAAGGACGUUCAGACGGAUACUAUCGUACCAGAGCCAGAGCCGGAACCAGAGCAUGCGGGUAUGUCUACCCAGACAGAACCGCAGGAGGAUGAAGAAGAUGAAGGAAGAAAAGAGGAAUCAACUCAAAUGGAAGAGGAAGCAAAUGAUGGUUACGAGGACGAUGAGUUUGAAGAAGAUGAAGAGCAAAAAGAUGAUGAAGAUAAAGAGAAGGAGAAAGAUUAUGAAUCAGAUGGCUUCUCAUCAGAAGUGGAGAGUGAAAAAGAGUCUAUUCAUGCAGAAGACAAGAAGACGGAAGACAAUUAUGGCGAUUCUGAUUUUGAGGUGGAAUCUGAAAAAGAAGAGGAAGAAAAAGAAGAGCAGAAAGAAGUUGUUGUAGAGGAAGUUGAAGAGGAUGAUGGUGAGAAAAGUGACCUUGAGGUGGAAUCUGAAAAAGAAGUAGAAGAGGAGAAAGAAGAAGAAGAGGUGGUUCAAGAAGAAAAAUAUGGCUCAGACAGUGAACAAAACAAGAGUGUCGUUGAAGAAGUGGAGGAGAAUUUUCAAAAAGAAGAUGAGGAAGAAGUAAAAGAUGAACCAGAAGAAAAAGAAGAUGACAAAGAGGAGGAGAGGAGUCUGUUUAGUGCAUCUGAGGGAGAUAACCGGCUCUUGUCUUCCGACGAAGAAGACGAGGAUAAGAAGAGUCUGUUGGAGGGUCAAAGAAACUAUACAGAAUCUGAAGCUGAUUUCAAGAUUUCAAGCUCUGCUGAUGAGGAUGAAAAGGGAGAGAAGGCUGAGAGACAGACUUUGAAAGAUUCAGAUGAUGAAAAAGUUGAAGAUGAAAAGGAAGACAAAGCUGAGGUCAAGGAAGAUGAAGACUCAGAUAGGGACAUCGGCCAGAGUGCCAGAGAUGAGGUGGAGGAGACGGAAGAAGUGCUCGAAGAGAGUCUUACUCAAGAGGUUACUGCAGAAAUGGAAGUGGAUCCUCCUCCUCAAGAAGCUGUUCUUGUCCAUGAAGCUACCUUGGUUAGAGAGAAUGAUGAGGAUGAUGCUGAUCAAGCCGAGGAACAGACCCUGGAUGAAAAUACCUUGGAGCAGGAAGCACAGAUUGAAAGAGAUCAGGUUGAAGAAGAAGAGGAGAAGGAGGAAGUCAGCCCACAGGAUGAUGAUGCAGGUAAUGCCGAGGAUGCUGAGAAGGAUACCCAGAGUGUACAAGAUGAGGACAUGCCAGUCCAGAGUCCUGUUGAGCCUGAGAUAGAGCAGUUGGAAGAGCCAAAAGAUGAUGCCUCAGAGGCUCAGCAAAAAGAUGAAAAGGAAUAUCCUCAGGAAACUAUGUAUAGUGCUCCUGGACAAGAACAUGAUGAGGCAGGUGAUGAAGCAACUACUGAAAGGGAAGAUCCUAUACCAGAAGAACAGGAAGUCCCUGAAGUUGAACAGGAAGAUGUUGUUGAACAGUCACAGGACAUUCAGUCAGAAGGUCCUGUAGAGACUCAACAGAAAGGUGAACCCCAUGAAGAAGGUCCAAAAGAUGAGGCAGAUCCAGCAGAUGAAGUUGCUCCCCAAGAGGCUCAGGACAGUGAGGUGCAUCAAGAAGUGCCUCUUGAGGAUACUGUAGAUGCUCCUGUCGAUGAACCAACCCAGGACAACCAAGAUAGAGAGUCAGAACAAGGAAUAACAGAAGAAGAAAGUGCACAGAAAAAGGAGGAGAAUGAGGAAAAUAUUAAUGAUUCACGUCAAGAUAAAGAAGAAAUGGAGGAACAACAGGAGGCUGCAGAAACUGUAAAUGAUAAGGAAGAAGAGGAAAAGAAGGAUGCUGAGGAGAAGGAUGAAGAGCAGGAAGAGAAGAAAGAGAAGGAAGAUGGAUAUAGAUCAGACUCCAGCUCAUCUAGCUCUGAUUCUGAAGAUGAGGAGAAACAGAAGUUGAAGCUAUCUGGUUUCAUUCAAGAACAGGCAACUGAUUCAAAGCCUGAUAAUACAGGUAUUCCAGACCAGUCACAUUCUAACAACAAAGAAUCUCCUCUUGAUAAUGAUCAGUCUUACAGUCGACUUGCUUUGAACAUGAAUGAGAAGAGCCUUGGUAGUGAUCAGGCCGAACAGAUAGCCCAGGCCUUGCUCGAAGACCCCAAGUACAAAUCUAUUGAAUAUCUUCUACUCCGCGCUAAUCCACUAGAGGACAAAGGUAUAUCAGCCAUCAUGCGAUCCUUGAUAACCCUACACCAUCAGAUCCCUGAGGCAACAGAAGAUGCAGAGGAACAACCUAAGACAGGGAUAAAAUUGACACACCUAGACCUAGGAGACACCAAGAUCACUAAUAAGGGAAUUGUGGAUGUCGCAGACUUCCUCAAACUACCCACAAACAUCACCAACGUCAACCUCAGUGACAACUCCCUGGGACGGUCCGGUUGCAAGGCCCUUGCCGCUGGCCUCAGAUGCAACAAGAGCCUGUCAACUCUCAGUAUAGAGUAUGCAAGUCUGGGAGACAGCGGUUGCAGGGAGAUCAUUGAGGCGAUACGUGACCAUCCCACGCUUUGUGAGCUGAAUCUGGAAGGGAAUGGUAUCACCGAUGAGAGCGCCCGUGCCCUUCUGCAGCUGGUGAAGGAUAACAGUGUCUUAACCUCGAUCAACUUCGUAAGGGAUAAUCAAGUCACGCAAGAACUGGCUGAAGAGAUUGAGGAGAUCUUGAAAACUGGAGAGUUCAUCUGGUAACUGAUUAUUACAGGAUUGCUAUCGAUCUUAUUCAUGUGUGAAUGUUACCUGCUCAAUAGCUGAUGUAAAUGUCUAGACAAAAAAAGCUGAAUAUCAAGACAAGAAACAUUGUUCGUGAGCAACACAUGCAUUUAAAGAGAAGUGAAUAGUUGCCUGCACGGUAUGCAAAUUGUGAUAAAGGCAAGUAUGUCAGAGAACACUUCCCUUAGUUUUUAUUUUAUCUGACAUAAUUUUUUUUUGGUCUUGGCAAAUUGGUCCUUAAUUUAAUAGCAUUUUCAUAUCUUAUGAAGAUAGUGUAUAUGCCUACUAUCACAGAUGGUGACAAUAUUUCAUUCCCAUCUUCUUAGACUUGGUUCGUUGCAGGCUUGCAGAAUUAUUGAGUCUGUCUUCCGGAAGAUGUCAAACAACUUCCCAAUGUCAAAGAAUCUGAGAGGGAGGUGAUCUUUAAAGGAUUUGAUGAUGGUAUGGAUAACAUAUGGGGAGGUUUUAUGGCUCACCUUGUGUUGGGUACUGAAAAGGAUGGUGGAAUAAAUUCCCUCAAUGUCAAGCUUAUUGGAGUGUCAAGCCUCAUCAUCUCAUCACCUCUUCAUCUGCUUUUAGCUGUCAUCUAGCCUACAGUUCUUUCAAGGGCUUUACCCAAUCUCACAAAGUAAUUCUCUCUCCCCCCCUCUUUUUCUCUUUUGUGUCUCUCAAAUUCCACUCCAUUGCUUUUUUUUCAUUUCUCAUUUGAUAUUUUUAUUCUGCCAUAGUGCUUCCCAGUACUAACUACACAAGAACCAUAAACCUCCUCAACAUUAACAUGAGGGUAUACAUAUAUAUUUUUACUAUGUCCAAGUUAUUUUUGUAUGUUAAUGAAACUGUAAUGACUUACAUGUACUGACUGAAAAUCGUAGGACCAUGUAAGGCCUUUUGACCUGAUGUAAUCUAGCGUAUACAUGUAAUUUUAGAGUGCAAUUUCUGUAUCAUAAACCUGUCUGAGUAUGUUGGGGGAUUCUAAGUUAGUGUAUUAUAUAUAUGUUCAUUGGUUAAUGCGUGUAUAUUUUUAAAGGCAAUUUCAGGCAUGAUUUUUAAUACUAAUCAAAUGGAAAAAUAGCAUGUUCAGUUUGAUAUGAUUAUCAUCAAGGUUCUAUUUUAAGUAGAUUUUAAUUGCAAUUCAAAUUGAGAAGUUGCAGUUGUGAUUGAUGAUGAUUUAAGAGUAUACUGUAGGUUAGAUCAGGGAUGUGUUCUCCCUCUAACGUCCCUGGUUAGAUACGGAUAAAAUCAACCUGUAUAUGUAUAUAUAGAGAGAGACAUCUUCGAAGUGAAAUCUGUAGUUUUAAAUGCUACCAUAUAUUAUUAUGUAUGAUCAUUUCAGAGAGACUCUUCUCUAUCCUGUCUUAUUGAGAGGGAGAAGAGAAGAGAAGAGAAGAGGAGAGAGGUAGAAAGAGGGGGGGGGGGUGAAUGAAAGAGAGUGAGAGAAAGAGAAUGAGAAUAAUUAAUUAUCAAACCUUGACUAGUUGACAACUAGUAUUUGAUAUCAGAUUACAUCUAUAUAUUUUACCUUGAUAUAGCUUUGUCUUCAAAACUAAAAUAACAAGUACAUCUAUGUUUGCCUAUGAAUUAACAAUGAUUCCUUUAAUUAUGUGUGUGAUAGAAUAAAGUACUUCACACUCUUUCCACCUUGAAACUAAGAAACAUAUAUGGUAAAGAAAUAUCUCCUUUAUUGUAAAAAGAAAUUAACAAAAUAUAUUUCAAUGUAGAUGUGAGAUAAUUGCUUGGGCAUUUUCUGUACAGGUAUGGAGAAUAUGUAUUUUUCAAUUGUACUUUAUCCUCUUGAUAUUUUUAUUCAUAAAUGACUAUAGUCACUUUCAUAUUCAUCAGCAGUUGCAAGUAGUAAUGUACAUAUAAUGAUUGUUAUUUGUUAAUUAUGAAUGCAUAUAAACAUACUUGGAUAAUUGUUAUUACAAUAUUUUAUUGAAAUAGAUCUGUGAUAUAGAGAGAGGUUGCUACAUGUUAAUCACCUAAAUGAAGCUGUAAUUGUGGUUUGUUUACUUUGUUAUAUCUGUAAAAUAUUGGAGUUUGUACAGAUCUGGUACAGAAAUUGAUAUCAUCAUUAAUUGUAUGUGGCCAAACAAAAUUCUUCGCACAUUGUAUGGCUUUGCAAGAUAUUGAAAUAUAUAUUUUCUAUACAUUUUACUAAGGAAUGUUUAGUUUUACAAUAUUCAAGCAUGUUUUAUGUUAACCAUAAUGUUCACACGAGAAGAAGAAUGAGCAGAAAUGCAGUCAGAAUUAAAUUCUCUCUUUUGUUUUACCGUACUUUAAACAAGUGAAUGCAUUCCAGAUAUUCGGACCAAUUCAUGGGUCCAGACCUAAUGUUUUGCUUGAAAAAAGCUUGAUGUACAUUGGAAGAAGAAAACAUUUUACUGCAAAUGAAGAGCAUUCUGAAUGUACUCUGAAUAAUGAUGAUCUGUAUUCAAACAACAUUCCAACAACAAUAAUUCAAAACAAUUUGAUUUCAUUGGAAGCAUAAUUGAGAUUGUUAAAAAAGAAAUUGUAAAUUUAAAUCCAUCAUUCUGGAUAUUUCUGCCUAGUUUCUGCUAAUUCUGAAUUGAUGUUAUGAAGCCUUUGCUACUGAGCUUACUAUAGAAUACACUUCUACAGGCUUAUAAUGCAGCAUUUAGGUAUAAUGUGUGUGUGAUUUUAGUAUGCUGCAUGAUGUGUGAUCAUAAUGUUUUUGAUGAACCUUUUCUUCAAAUUUUUCAUUAUCAGUUGGAGUGAAUUUGAUUAUAAGAAUGCUAAGAACUUGAUAUUUUGAUUCAUUUGUAUGAUUCUGAUAAGUACAUGUGUAUUUCUAAUAAUGUAUGGUCAUGUGUAUGUAUAUUCUAGUGUUAUUUUGUUAGUAAAGCAAAGAAAUUGAAUACUAGUACAUGUUUAUAAAAAAUUUGAGAGAUGUGGGGAUUUUAACAUCGUACAAGAAGUGAAAUCAUUCUGGAGGCUAAUGUACUAAUAUGAAAAUGAAUUAUUGAAGUUGUUCAGCUUAACGCGAUUGAAUGAUUUAUCAAAUAGAUAUAUCAAAUUGAUUAUCACAAUAGGCUAUUUUAAGCUGUCAUGGUUGUGUCUAUCUGUGCAUGUAUCUGGCGAUUUGAAUGAAAAAUAAAGUCAAAGAUUGAAAGAAAGAUGCCUAUUUGUGUACAGCAGUUUGAUCAAAAUCCACAACUGCACAUACUGUAACUAAUACCUGAUGGCACAAACUGUAUGAUAUUGUAUUAUCAAUGUAUUACUUUAGAAGCACAGUAUCCUAAUCACCCUUUGGAUUUAAUAAUCACUCCUUUUUCUAAACUAAUCUUAAUGCAAAUCCUAUUUUGUAAGCCUGCGUGAGUUUGUUAGUCACUUGAUAUUUCCAUACACUCACCAAAAUGUUGUUCUUGUUAUAACUCUGAUAGUAUACUGAUUUGCAAUGGGCUGUAGUUGACUGUUGUGUUGUUUACCAAAGUUACUGGUCAAACUCAAAUUUACUCUCAUCUCUUCAUGCAUUCAAUUAAAAAAGGCAAUUAAAUCAAAUAUGAUGGGAUGAUGCAAAACUUACAUUCAUAUGUCAUUUCAGGAUAAAGUUCAGGCUUUAAAAAUUGGCAUUGUCUCUCUAUAUGUCAUUUGCAUAGUGUACUUUUUUUGAAAAAAAUAAAAUAUCUUAAUAUUUUAAUGCUAAUUUCUGAUAUGAAACUCACGCUAUUCAUGUUACCAAGUGUAUACAUUACAAUUUAUAUUUUUCAAAUUGAAUUCAUACAAAAUGCCUUCCGAUGGUGCCUUAUGAAUGAUAUUCAUAUUUUCUUGGAAAAGAAAUAUAAAUAUUAUUAUUAUUUACAUAGGGAAAUCCUGGGAAAUUAACAUUUUUGGACAGGGAUGUAUAAAGUUGGAAAGUAAAUGGCUUAUAGAAUUUUCAGAACAAUUUCUGAAAACAGAGUGAUCCCUUUCAGUUGAAAGUAAGAGUCUUUUUUAGCAUUGUUUAUCAUAAAAUUGUGUUCGGGUCCAUCAAAAAACAAACCACAAGUGAAUCUUCAUUUCCUUUUUUUCUGUAAAAGUUUAUUAGUUUCUAAAUUAAUUGUAUCUAGUUGCAUCCAGAGUGACAUCACUCCAUCAGGAAAACAAGGGUGCUGUACAUUUGUACUGACACACAAGUUUAUUCCCACCCCCUUUCAUCACAUGAGAAAUAGGGGAUGGUAUAGUCUCUCCCCUGUCCCUUCCUCUACCAUCACCUUUAAUAGGUUCGGGCCCUGGGUCGUAUUUUUAAGACUGACUCCACCUUACUUCUUCUUAUAUCAUUGAACAAUGUUAGUAAUGUCAAUUACUGUAUUAGCAUUACCCUUUUUUCCCAUGCAGAUUUGCCUCUAUUUGCAUUAUAAGAUUAACAUAACCAUACAAGUGUGGGAUUUUAUUGCAAUGAGUUUUUAUACUUUUUUGUUCUUUUAUGCAAGCUCUGUACUAAACACUGCUUUACUGUUUGAAUUAUGUGACAUUUCUAAAGCAAAACGUGCACUUAUUGAUUUAUCCGUCCAACUACUAUCUCACAAUAUAUUUCGUCUUUCUGUGUUUACUUUCUCACAAGCAAAUUUGUUAUUAGAGCAUAGUGAUCAAAGAAUAAUAAAUUAGAACAAAAUGCCAUAUAA